GUGACUUUUUAGUAGAUAGAUCUCAUGCUUGAACUUAUUAAGACAGCUCUCUGCGAUUACUUGGUCAGGAAAACCGCACAGAGACCACUGUAGAGUUUUCAAAGUGAUUCAAAACACACGGCGAAGCGAGGCAAAAGAAACGUAAAGAGUGACUUCAUCAUUUCUAAGGAUUACAAAUGGCCAAAGAAGAGGAUCUUGAGUAUUCGGACACCAAGAAGAUAGCCUUCAACGUCGAGACCGAGGAAAUUGAGGAGAUCAAUAACCCGCAUCCGACCACCGACAUUGAAAGUAAUGGAGUAACCGUGCGUAUCUACGAAGCUGAUAGCGACCGUGGCAAGUGGGGCAAUCAAAUCGAGUUCGUUCUCGCAGCCAUCGGAUUUGCGGUUGGUCUUGGAAAUGUAUGGCGUUUUCCCUACCUUUGCCAGAAAAAUGGUGGAGGUGCAUUUUUGAUUCCAUACUUCCUGAGUCUUUUCCUCAUUGGUAUCCCACUGUUCUUCCUUGAGCUCGCCAUUGGCCAGAGUCUGCGACAGGGAUCUGUUGGAGUAUGGAAUGCCAUUCACCCAUACCUUGGAGGUGUUGGUUAUGCCUGUGUUGUUGUCUGUCUGCUUGUGGGAAUGUACUACAACAUGGUCAUUUCCUGGUGCUUCUAUUAUCUGUUUGCAUCAUUUCAAGACCCUCUGCCAUAUGCUGAGUGCCCCCGACUGGAUAAUGGUACAUUGCAUGAAGAGUGUGAGCAGGCUGGUCAUACACAGUUCUAUUGGUACAGAAAAGCCCUUGAUGUAACUCCCUCAAUUGAGGAGAGUGGAGGUCUUGUUUGGCAUCUUGUCCUUGUGUUGUUAGUAGCUUGGGCGGUUGUGUUCCUCUGCAUGAUGAGAGGGGUUCAGUCAGCUGGAAAGGCAGUGUACUUUACUGCUACUUUCCCUUACAUUGUCUUGACCAUCUUCUUUGGUCGUGGUGUCAGCUUGGAAGGUGCUGGUGCUGGAAUUACCCACAUGCUGAAACCCCAGUUUUCAAAGCUUGCAAAUCCUCAGGUGUGGCUGGAAGCUGCAACACAAAUUUUCUUUUCUCUAAGUGUGGCCUUUGGAGGACUUAUUGCCAUGUCCAGUUACAAUCCAGUGCACAACAACUGCCACCGUGAUGCCAUUAUGGUCUCAUUGAUCAAUUGUGGAACAUCAGUGUUUGCCAGUAUUGUAAUUUUCAGCAUCCUCGGUUUCAAGGCCACUCGUUCUUUCCAUGAGUGUCAAGAUUUUUAUGGACGUAUAAAUGACACCAAUGGAACUGAUUUGGUUGCUGAGAAGUGCAAGGACUUGGAACAUUGGCUGUCCCAGUCUGCAUCUGGCCCUGGUCUGACAUUCAUUGCUUUCACUGAGGCCAUUGUUAAAAUGCCUGCCUCACCUCUCUGGUCUGUGCUGUUCUUUACCAUGUUACUGACCCUUGGACUUGGCAGCAUGUUUGGAACUCUGGAAGGAGUCAUCACUCCCUUUUAUGACAUGAAAAUUGUGCCAUGGAGGAAAGAGAUCAUGACUGGUAUCAUCUGUGUCUUCUGUUACAUCGUUGGGUUACUGUUUACCCAGCAUUCUGGACAAUACUGGCUCCAGAUGUUCGAUAAUUACUGUGCUACUCUGCCUCUGCUGUUCAUUGGCCUGUUUGAACUUGUUGGUGUGAGUUACAUCUAUACAAUUGAAAGGUUUGAAGAUGACAUACAGUACAUGAUUGGCUUCAGGCCACAUCCAUAUUGGAGGAUCUGCUGGCGCUAUAUAUCACCUUUCCUCAUUUCUGUUAUUCUCAUUGCUAGCAUCAUUAAUCUAGCAAUCACGCCCAUGACAUAUACAGCAUGGGAUCCUAAACUUUUCAAGACAGCAGACUUGAGCUAUCCUGGAUGGGGCUAUGCUGUCAUUGUCCUCCUUAUAGCAACAUCAGUGCUCUUCAUUCCUAUUUUUGCAUUGCUGCGCUAUUUUGGGAUCUUGAAAUACAAGAAGCCAAUGCCUCAACAGAGUGCGGGUGACCGUAUUCCCCCAGGAUCAAUCACUCCAUCACUGUCUCGUGUCCCCCUGCCACCCAUGGAAGUACCACUGUCUGGAACUCGAGAUGAUGAGGAUUAAUGCUAAGUUUGUGGUAACUAUCAAGAAGAACUCCCUCAAAAAACCUGUCAGCCAACAAUUUUAAGUACACCUGUUGGCUGACAGAUGGCUAACAGUUGGUAUAAGUGAUUCAAAGUGUAUAACUACAGAGUAACUUCAACAUUUAAAAGUACACAUUAAGUAUAGUCAAAUUUUUGUUUUUCUUUUUAUUAUUAUGGGUUCUAUCACCAAUAUUAGUAACCCAUUGGCUGCCUGUUAGUUAUCUGUCAGCCAACAGACAACUGACAGGUUGGGUUUUUUAGGGAGCUCUUCUUCACAGUAACCCAGUCUGUAGAUGCUUGCUUAAUUAGCUCUUUUGUGUGGGUUUUGGAACUUUGAGGCAAGGAGGAAGGGUAACAUUUGGGUGCAGGUACAAAACUGCCAGCUAAGCAAGCAAUGUUAAAGCUAAUGAUUGUAUAUAAUUUAGCUUUGGAGUUAAGGCGUAAUUUUUCUUCCUUUUAUCUGUAUAAAGUUAGCCAAAAUAUAAAAAGGUGUUUUCCUUGCGUUAAAAAAAUUCAUAGUCUUUUAA